ACGUAAUCCUCUCUUCGUCCCCCCCCCUCUUCAAAAUGUCUGCUCCUGCUGCUUUCUCCGACAUCGCCAAGGCGGCCAAUGAUCUCCUGAACAAGGAUUUCUACCACACCUCCGCUGCCAGCCUCGAGGUCAAGUCCAAGGCCCCCAAUGGCGUCACCUUCAACGUCAAGGGCAAGUCCGCCCACGAGGGUCCCAUUGCCGGCUCUCUCGAGGCCAAAUAUGUCGACAAGCCUACUGGUAAACGCCCCUUACGACGCAAACCACCUGACCCCAAUUGCACACCGCUGCGCGAGUCUAAGCCCAUGAAUUUCAUGGUUUCAUGCGGUCUGGUCUCGUCCAAGCGGCUUCUAUUCUUCUUCACUUCAAGAAUCAGCGAUCACGCAGUCAGGCUAAUAUUUCGUCCUCGCUCAGGCCUCACCCUCACCCAGGCUUGGACUACUGCCAACGCCCUCGACACCAAGCUCGAGCUGGACAACAACAUCGCCAAGGGCCUGAAGGCUGAGAUCCUGACCCAGUACCAGCCCGCUAAGCAGUCCAAGGGCGCCAAGCUCAACCUCCACUUCAAGCAGCCCAACCUGCACGCCCGUGCUUUCUUCGACCUGCUCAACGGCCCCUCCGCCAACUUCGACGCUGUCCUGGGCCACGAGGGCUUCCUCGUCGGUGCUGAGGGUGGCUACGACGUCCAGAAGGCUGCCAUCACCAAGUACUCCGCUGCCGUUGGCUACAGCGUUCCCCAGUACACCGCUGCCAUCACCGCCAGCAACAACCUGAGCGUCUUCGCCGCCAGCUACUACCACCGCGUUAACGCUCAGGUCGAGGCCGGUGCCAAGGCCACCUGGGACUCCAAGGUCGGCAACUCCGUCGGCCUUGAGGUUGCCAGCAAGUACCGCCUGGACCCCUCUUCCUUCGCCAAGGCCAAGAUCAACGACCGCGGUAUUGCCGCUCUGGCCUACAACGUUCUCCUGCGCCCCGGUGUCACCCUCGGCCUUGGUGCUUCCUUCGAUACCCAGAACCUCAACCAGGCUGCCCACAAGGUCGGUGCCAGCUUCACCUUCGAGGCUUAAGCGUGGCCUCCAUAUAUCAUUGGCGCCCCGUUUGCUCUUGGGAACUUCCAUAUAGCCUGAGGAUCGCAGAUUUUGAAACAUAAAUAAUUGCUAGAUAUGUCGUCAGGAUUGCGUCUGAAGAGGAGGGACAUUCUGGAGUGAGUGGGUCGGUACUGAAUGUCAUUUCUAUUUAAUUAUGUAUCGUAGCCAUGGACGAUAACUGUAUAUCAAUCAAGUCUACAUUUUCUUUGUUG